AUGGCUCGGCAGAAGCAUAUCUUGGUCCUAGGGGCCGGAGUCAUUGGGCUCCAAACGGCCAUCUCCCUCCUGGAGGUCGGCUACAGGGUCACGAUACUUGCUGAGCAUCUACCGGGCGACGACUCAGUCGAGUAUACUUCGCCAUGGACGGGGCCCCACGAUUUCAUCCCCAAUGGUCCGGCAAGCCUUUGGUAUGCUCCACACGUGCGAAACUUCAAGGUUCUGCCCAAAUCUGACCUCCCUUCCCCCUUCGUCUCGGGCGCAAUUCACGAUGGUAUCGCCAUCAACACUACUCCCUACCUGAAAUCGCUCGUUGGAAGAAUUCGCUCUUUAGGCGGAAGCAUCAUCAGAGGGGAGCUUCCCACGACAGGCGGGCUUCUGCAUGCCCUUGAUGCGGCCGAAUCGAUCUUGCACAGCCACCAGAUCACCAAACCCGUGAGUCUGGUGGUCAACGCCACUGGUCUCGGAGCUUGCCACCUUGUGCCUGAUAGCAGUGUCUUCCCCAUCCGGGGUCAGACAGUGACGGUAAAGAUUGAAGCAAAGCACAUCACCACCAUGUUUUACCCCGAUGCAAAUGCAUCUAUCACCCCUCGCGCAGGUUCCGGGGUCAGCGUGCUGGGAAGCACCUAUGAGAUUGGAAACUGGGAUCGUGAACCCGACCCGGAAGUGACGAAGACGAUUCUCCGAAGAUGUAAACCGCUUGCUCCCGAACUGCUCAACAAAGACGGCGAGUUUGACGUCGUGAGCGUAAAUGUUGCAUUCAGACCCGGCCGGAAAGGAGGCCCGAGAGUCGAGAUUGAGGAGAUGAAGAGUGAAGAUGGGCAAUCCAAGAGAGUGGUCUGCCAUGCGUAUGGACAUGCAGGCGGAGGUUUCCAGAACUCGUUCGGCUCGGCCAGCAAAGCCGUGGGUCUUAUUGACGACUGGUUUAGCGAACGGGAUUUAAAGCUGUGA